AUGGUUUUCUACGAACCUGGCGUUACUGAUCACAACCUCCCACGGGAUCCAUUCAAAGCUUGUGUUGUACCUAGGCCUAUUGGUUGGAUAUCUACCAGAUCCAAAGAUGGCAAAGAUAAUCUUGCACCAUACAGCCAGUUCAAUAAUCUGACCUUUGACCCGCCAUAUGUAAUGUUUUCAGCCAAUCAAACCAUUGAAAAUAUUCGAAAAGACACCACUAUCAAUGUUGAGCAGACAGGUUCAUUCGUAUGGAACAUGGCAACAUGGGAUCUUCGAGAAGCUGUAAACACCACGUCCGAGCAAGUCGCCUACGGUGUUGAUGAGUUCGUGCAAGCCGGACUCACAAAGAUUCCGUCAACAAACCUUAAACACGUUGUUCCUAUGGUCGAAGAGUCGCCCAUCAGGUUCGAAUGCACGUAUCAUUCUACAUUGAGGUUGCCAGGAAAUCCUCCUGCGGGAACUGUCGAUAUCAUUAUUGGCAAAGUCGUAGGAGUUCAUAUCUCGGAUAAGGUUUUGACGGAUGGAUUAGUUGAUUUGAGUAAAGCUCAGCCUAUUGCUAGGUGUGGCUACUAUAGCUACGCCGUGGACGUAGUGAAGCGUGUUUUAGCGAUAUUCCAAAAGUCAGCCAAAUCCUCACUAAAGAGAGCCACAAAAUCGGGAAAUGCUUGCGUUGAUAGAAAAUCCCUCCACGAGGCCCCGUUGUUUCAAAGACUCAAAGACCUCACUGCUGUGAUUGUUAGCUACAGUACUGCAGGUAAAGAGGCUGCUGAAAGUGCGGGUUUUGAAAGCCAAACUGAGAGAAAGAACCCAGGGGUAAAGGUCUCAGACGAUGCUGCACAGUCGAUGCAAGAUUGA